AUGAUGCCUUUCCCGACGGUAGGGGCCUUGCCUCCAGCAGGCGCUGGCCCGACCAUGAACAAUCGCUCCACCAUCUGGCGGCCUCCUGGGGUGACACACACGACCCCGCCUGGCCUCUCGAACGGCACCGCGGCAGAGUCCCACCCGCCGCAGCCCCUGAACUUGAGUACUGGCUACCAAUGUCCGCCGACCCGUCCUCUGCAGCCUGUCCUUCAGUGUCGUUUCGUGGCCGGCACAGGCCACGGAACCCAAGGAGCACCCGCCUUCGGCGCCUUCUCUGCGCCCAACGCGGGCUACUUUGCUGGGGCUCCAGUGACCCAGGGGCCGUCCCAGAUGCUCCCCGCCACUAAUGCCGGCUCGUGGAGGAACCCUGGCUCGACAGAACAGCCGCCAAUGACCCGACACUGUUCUCCAACGUUUCUCCUGCAGUCUCCUGGGAACCACCCCGGAGGCGGCUACGGCCACCAGUCGUUCGCAAAGAUCCACCGGGAAGGCCUGCCACAGGCUCCUAUUUUUCGAACGUCGACGCCCACCCUGAUUCAAGGCCAGCCGCUGCCGAGACUGCCGAACUCAGCACCCAAGCAAGACUCGAUAUCUCUUGGAAUUCCAGAACUUCAGCGAAACCAGACGCCGCAGCAGCCAGGUUUCUGCAUGCAAUCUCAACAAGUGGCUGCAACGCAGGCGUCGCACCCGCCACAGCAGAGACCUCGAGCUCCCACACAAGUCGAGCUGCCAUUGACGCACCUUGCGGGGAACCCCGUUCGGCAGUAUCCGCAAUCAGAUCUUAGGCAGGACCGACCGCUGCCUCACGUUGCAGUGCGCGAUGUGGACCGUGACGCGCGGCAUCGGUUCCUUUCGCCCUCGUCUCAGCGCGUGCGCCUCACCCCUUCCGAUUCUUGCCUGACUGGCCAACUUGCUGGGCAAACACACGGGAUCGUCCCUGGUGCCCAGUCCGUCUCCAGUGUGGGCGGACAGGCUGUUCACCCAGGGAACCAGUUGAGGCACAGUGCUUCUCUGGCGACAGACUCUGGGAGGCCGCACUUGCCACAUCUGACCGUGCAACAGAGCAUGGACAUGGCGAAGAAACAGUCCGUCCACGGUUUUCCGUCAACGCCUUCUGCGCCAGCUUCUGACGGAGUUUUAUUCGCACCAUUUGCUGCGCAGAAGGCCCUGGCGAACUUCGACGUGAAACCUGACUACCGCAAACCUACGGGGGACUUCAUCGCGAAUAUGCGUCCUAACCUCUGCGAACCUCGCCUGGGGCAGGCUGACAUGCUUCACCCCAACUAUUCCUUUUUCGUCGGACAGGGAAUGUUAGCGGCGUCGUACACGUCUCCGGAAACGCUCCUUCACGGCCACGGAAACCGCCUUGCCUCGCAGGCGGGGCCCGCAAUGGGCUCGGUACCCGUUCAGCCACAUACCACUCAAAAGGAGGCGCACAACGCCGACGGGCACAGUACGCUGUCGCCGGUUUACCCGGACAAAGUCUCUCACACUCGCCUUAUACCUUCCCCCGGGCACAACGAACAGUAUGGAGGGCUUUUCGUCCCCAGCUCCGAGGCCAAGGAGAGGGGCGCUGCAACUUUGGUUCCCGCCAGAGUUACACAGUCUCCUGCCUCGUUGGUGGCUUGGCAGAGCUGGCGGCGGCUGCCGCAUCAAGAUAUCCGCUGGCCUCAGCAACAGAUAGAAGCUGGAGGCGGCACGUUCUGCAAGCGGGCCGAGGGAAGUGAAGAAGGAAAACCCACAGAAACCCCGAUUUCCUGUUAUGGCUCGGCACAUACGCUGGAGCUCGGUCGUGAGCAGCGAGAUCAAGGAGACCCGAAACCGAGUCCGAUAGCUUACCAAUCGGGUUACGGGAAGUUAACUUUAGAGGGGGUUGAGGAUGUGCCAAAGGAAGAAACUGGUGAAUGCAGAGAGGGAGAGGACUGGUCUUGCGUUGAUUGCGCCCGGGGACCCGGGGAGGUCGCCGUGGAAGAGGAACCUCCAGUGGAAGAUCAAGUGACAGGGGACACGGAAAGUGAGGUAGAGGAGGAUGCAGCGAAAGAAUUUGAAGAUGACGCAUAUCCUCUCGAAUCCUCUACUUUAUCUGGUUCGCCGGACGCCGAGGGCGACCGAAGCCGUAGCGACAGUGUCACUGCGCCUCACUCGGAGGCCGGUUCACCGGCAAACGGCUCGCCUCGCCCCUGCCAAUCUCACUCCGAAGAAGCUGAAGCCCUCUCUGAAGAAGAGGACGAGGACAGCGAUUCGACGACGCACGAGGAAAUCCCAAUGCCGUGGGAAAAUGACCCGUGGGUUGAUGUCCAGAUUCCGAGCCCGCGCCAGGCUGACGCUUGGCAGCCUUCCGCGGCUGCUUCGAUCUCAGCUUCCAUGUCUGGGAGCGCGCCGUCCCAGGCGCGUAGCCCAUCUCCUGGAUCCGUUGGGAAUGCCGUCGCUGCUACCACGAAGAACUCCAAGGCAACCCGAGCGAGCGGACACGACCAGGAGCGAGGUGGGAAGGCCAAGGGUGCAAAGGGCUACACAGGACAGAGUCACGACGGGGAACCAGGCCGGAAGGGAGAAGACAACGCACUUCGAGGGACCAUGGCCUGCGCUAUUCCCUGGAACGAAGUCGUUCUGAACACAAAGAUGUGCAGAGCCGAAAGGCCACUGAUCAACACUAUUGGUCACCGCCUCGGCUGGAGUCGGCAAGACCAGGUCUCUACCAAAGGGAACAUUGUGUGGCUCGGGGGCUCUGUCCCCGACCACGAGCACCUCCAGUUCAUGAAGCCACUGCAACUUGUUAACCGCUUCCCCGGCAUGUGGGACAUGACGAAGAAGAGGAUGCUUUCUCGAAUUCUGUCCUUGUAUCAGCAGCUGUACCCCGAUCUCUUUGAUUUCUCACCAGAAACUUGGUCUUUGCCCGAGGACCGGGAUGUAAUAAAGCGGAUCCUUCAUAACAAAAACCAAGAGGUCUUCAUUCUCAAACCGGAUGGGGGAGCGAUGGGAAACGGUGUCCAGCUCGUCAGCCGGUUCAAAGAUAUCGACGCGAUGGUUUUGAGAGGCGACGGCAACUAUAUCAUGCAGAGAUAUGUUCACAACCCGUACCUGAUGAACAAGCGAAAGUUCGACUUCCGAAUCUAUUGCAUGCUCUUCUCUGUCAACGGAACGCCCAAGGCCUACAUUUCCAAGCUCGGCAUGGCCCGCUUCUGUACAGAGCAGUAUCGAGCUCCGACGCGCCGGAAUAUCGACAACCCUUUCAUGCACUUGACGAAUUACUCGAUUAAUAAAGACAACACGACUUCUUUUGUCCGAUCCACGGAUCUCCACGACGACAGCAACAGCAAGCGCAUGCUAAAGGACGUCCUCGAAGAUCUGGCUAAAGACGGAGUUAACAUCGUGAACGUGUGGGAUCAGAUUAAAUCCAUCACCGCCAGGACGGUCGUCUGUCUCUAUCCGUGGCUGAAUCUGCGGUACCGCCACGUCUACAAAGUGAAAGACACUGAACCUUCACGGUGUUUCCAACUUCUUGGUUUAGACAUUCUUCUUGACACCCAUGAAAAAUGCUGGCUGUUGGAAGUCAACUCCAAUCCGAGUCUUCGGAUUGACUACUUCGACAGCAAGUAUGAAGGCAUCGACGUCCAACUGGAGAGCGCAAUGGACCGUCACAUCAAGGAGCCGGUGGUGUCUGAGGGCCUUGGCCUGGCCUACCGCCUUCUGCUCCAGCACCGUCGUCGCGGCGCUGCGGGAGUUGUCGAGAAAGGGAAGGCCUCCCGCGUUUCCUCUUCGACGCCUCCUGUCUCGCAUUCCUCUCGCGGAGCGCUCCGCGCUUCGGGUUCCAGAAGUUCUCUAGCUACCCGCGGGCUCUCCCAGCCGAAAACAACGAGCCCCGAAGUCUCCAGCGCCACGCCGUCUGUCCCCAGCCGGGACAGAUCCAGCGACUCUUUCUGUUCUGCAGGCCGUGGCGAAGGCGCUGCCGCGCAGUGCGCACAAGCUACGUCAGGUGCGGACUCGCCUUUGGCGCAGGGAGCGGCCACGGGGCGAGCACAGGGGACGCCGAGGGAGGGGGACGCGUCAGGUGCGCCUUGCCAACCUGCCUCGGGGAGUGGUCCGGUUGACGGCGGAGAGGGGGGAAUAAGGCGCCUGGAGAGCAGCAACUUGGCCACCACGCUGCCGGGGAAAGAAGUGAGAGAAGCGAGACGUGAAGACCGGGAGGGAGGCUUGUGUGUCAAGCGCGCAGCAUCUGUCCGCGCCUCCAAACGCUUGGGGAAACGAAGCUCUUCCGCUGCGUCUCGACGCGACAGAGGAAAAGGCACCCUUGAAUCCCUCGCAGACCAGAGAGACAUGAGAUCGGCAAGGAGGGGCGAAGCGCCGAGAGAUGCCGGGGUGAAUGAGAGGCGCACAACCCAGAAAUCGGAAGAAGAAGCUGCUGACGACAUCCACGGAGAUGUUGAACUCGGCAUGGAACAAGCGGUCGAAAAGGUGCGGGCAUUCCUCGCACACAUGGGGACGUCGGGAGGCUCUUCUCUGGCGGCUCUCGUCGCAUGUGGGGAGUCGGCAGGAACCGUUUUAAGGCCCCCGGCCAGAAUGUGUCUCUCGCCGGAGCCUCGUCCGGUCGGGAAGGAGCCUGGCCGCUGGGGAAACGGCGAUGGCAGAAGUGCUGGAGAACGCGAGGGAAGGAAAUCGUCCGCUCUUUCGCACGGACUCACUUCCCGCCUCACGACCACGUCGAGUUCGAGGGCGCCGAGCCGAAAAAGAGCCGUUGCUUCCCACGCGUCUGAGUCUGGAAGCGAACACAGAAGUCGUUCGAGGGGACGCAUGCAGGCGGCGAGGGCGCACAGUGAAACGGGACGCCGAGGAAGAGAACCAACUCGGGCGGCCGACGAGCGGGAUACCGGCUCAGCCAAACCAGACCUCGAAACGAAGGAAGUCGACAUUAUGGAGCAAGGCAAGGACGGCCAGUUUUCAGUUUCCGCUCUGUCGCUGUCUCGCUCGGCCUCGGUGGAAACCGCCGAGACGCCGACGUCGCCCCUCUCGUGCCGUGACGAUGGGUCUUCGCUGACUCAAAGCACCGCGUCGUUCCCGCUUCAAUCGUCGCAGCCGAGAACGCCUUCGCCCCGCACGCCUUUGGACAGUUUGGAGGAACGCGAGAACGCCUGGCCUUCCUCGAGCUCGUCUCCAGAGGAAGCGCUGCAGGCCUCGGUUCUCGCGACUGCGAGACCCGACGCCCUUCCUGAGGCCGAGCAGCUUGCCUGCGAACUUGACUGGCUCGACGUCGCGUACAAAGAAAUGGAAAAGUGCAUGGACGGCUUCAACGUCUUGGGUUUGCGGUUUGCGAGUUCGCGAGAAAAAGGCGUCGGAGGCGCAACCAGUCGCGACAGCGCCACGGAAGACGGGAAAAAGAAAUUCCCGCCCGGUCCUUACAAACCCUUCCUCCGGAAAGAUCGAAUGGCGGCAAAGAAAGUGCAAUCUGCGGUCAAAGCGUCCUACACAAAACUUCACAAGGAUAUCCUCCGCCCGCUGUCUGGGGAACACGCGAAGCCACAGCACUGCUGGAUCGAUCUUGCGUCGUCAGUGAACGCGCUUGUGGCGGAGACCACGAGUGUCCUCCGAUUUCAGUUGCUUUUCGAACGACUCAUCAAGUUUCCGAAAGGUAUCACGCUGCAACGAGCAGGUCUUCUCGAAGCGUGCCGCAUUGUGAAACUUCCAGAUAUCUUGCGAAAGAUUCAAGUUCCCAUCGGAAAUCCGCCUCGUCCAGGGUGCCGCUCGGGCGUGCGUUCUUCCGCUUUUCCUUCGCACACGCACCCCACACAGGCGCGAAGCUACAGCAACGACGCGGGCCAGUCCUUUGCGUUUGGCCGCAGCAACAGCAGAGCUCAUUUGCAAGGCAACGAAGCGGUGCUCCCCUGCGGCUCUUCGCUCCUGUCGUCGGUCUCCACGAAGUCUCUGCUCGCCGCAGGGCCGGCGGGGGGGCCAAGCCAAGUGUUUCCGGGUCUCCAGCGGCCGCGCCUCGGCGCCGGUGGGCAAAUGCCCUUGGGCGCUGCCUCGAGUUCCACCGCGUCGGUAUCGAGAAUGCCGAGCGUCGCCCUUCUCCCGCACGAGCGGCGAAGGCGCCUCGGGCUUCCAGAUGUCGAGGCGCUGUGGUACUAUCACCUCCAGUCGGUGAGGAAGCAGCUCCAGAUGCAGGAAUCGUCUUACGGCUUGGGGCUGUUGGAGACAUGGUACGUUUUUGAGUCCAUUGCGCUGAUUUGCUUCCCGUUUCUGCCCUCAAAAGCAAAGCUUCUGGAGGCGUUCUUGAACCCGACCCGAGAAAAGGGGUACUCGAACGCGCUGUCCGUUUCUCUUCUUGGGGGCGGCGUUGAGAAGGCAGAGGUGCUCGCGGCGGACAGGCGCGUUGACGGCACUUUGCGCUCGCAGAUCGCCUUCGCGAAGGACCUCGAGGAGGCGCUAAGGAAGGUGGAAGAAGAGGAGAGACUGGCUCUUCCGAUUUCGAAACAGGGCACUUUGAAACGGAAAACGUCAAAAACGGCACACCGCUCGCCAGCCUUGGUGGAGGGAAUCGCAUCAGAAGACGAACGCCGCUACUCGUCGAGAAGCACAGAGACGGAGACUGUUGCCGAACCUCCUCAGGGACAGGAAAGAGGCCCGGAGUGUCUCCUUUCCCGACUGGGGUCGGACGGGAACAGGCCGGAUGCCUCUGGACAGUUGAGUGAAGGCGAAGGCGACCGCAGGUCCGCUUCUCUCAAUCUCGGAGACGGCUGUCUUCCCACAGACACGGGGACGUCGAGGUCCGAGUCCCAAGACGGUCGCCGAGGCUUCGACAGCGGCAGACGCCUGACUUCCUUGCCGACUCGGCUUCGGCGCAAGCUCUUCUCUGGAGAAGAUGAAGGCCUUGGGUCCCUUGCUGGACCUUUAGAGGGAAAAGCGAGGACGAAGGAAGGCACUGGGUUCGCGGCGCUGACUGAGAAAACCACCCACGCUCGCACCCCCGCACCCGAAACGCCCGCCUGGUAUGAAGGCUUCUGCGCCGCAUGGCCCGACGUCGGGGAGUACGUGUGUCGGCACGUCCCACCAGAGGAUAGACGCGAGGCGAUGGAGAGGCUCGUCGACUACUUCCAACUGCGCUGGGACUACCACAACUACUGCGUCAUGCUCCAGGGCGGGAGUGUGUAG